UCCUUCCUUUUUUGUCUGACCCUAGCCCAGGGCUUGGGGAUUAAGGUGCAGAAAUGUUGGUUUUCUGAACUCUGUGGAUGCUGUGUCUCAAAGGAUGAGGUAGGGCUCAAGCCAUGAGCCAUGUAAAAUAGAGUAUCUGUUAGCUGGCCUAGAGCCUCUUGCAGUCCGCUGCUGAAAAAGAGAUCUGAGUCUAGGAUUGUAACCUGGGAACGAGGCUGGUAACUGGCAGGUAGAAGGGAGUAUUUUACUGCAUUCCUACGCUUUGGUGAUGAGUGCAGAAAGUUCAGGUGGAGGGGAAGGUUUGUUCAUUGCAGCUGUGAGGCCUUGAAAUGGAGCAGGAAUACAAAUUUCUGAAUUUCAGGGACUUGCACAUAGCAGGAUUGUGACUGUGCCCUGUCUGCAGCUGUUGUGCUUGGGGAGGGAGUGUGGGAUGUUUCUAAUCACAUCAGAUUCCACCAAGUCUAGGCAAAGAAUGUGACAGUAGCCAGUGCCUGGGGUUUUAAAGCAAAGUCAAGUAAAGACCCCCAAGCCCUGAUGCACCUGGACUGUUGCGUCAUGGAAACAUUCCUUCCUGCCUCCUGAAAUACUCAAGUUACAUCCUGAUGCCUGAGACUUGAUUUCUUAGCUCAGCUCAUGUAUUACUGGUUACAAAAUCCAGGCAGUGCUUGGUUCAGUGCAGCAGCUGCACAUUGUGUAGUGAAGUGUUUCCUUUAAUUCAUUCUUAAGUGACCCGCUUUUAAUCCUGUGAUGUGACCUCUUACUGCAGGAUGCGCUUCCCAAGCAUGAGUCAAGGAAGGAAGAGCUGUGUUGAGGGGAAGGCCCUUUUUGUGUUCAUAGCCCAAAUGCAUCCUCCAUCCACCCGCUCCCUUAGAGCUCCACUCACAGAUCUCCUGGGAAGUACCGCUAACACAGCAGCCCGAGAAUCAUAAACCAGGCAAAGUCACCAUGAACUGCCCACCAAGGGAACAGCCAAUCUUCAGCACCAGGGCCCAUGUUUUCCAGAUCGACCCUGCCACCAAACGGAACUGGAUCCCUGCCAGCAAACACGCCUUGACUGUCUCCUAUUUCUAUGAUGCCACGCGCAAUGUGUACCGGAUCAUCAGCGUGGGGGGCACCAAGGCAAUCAUCAACAGCACUAUCACCCCCAACAUGACCUUCACAAAGACAUCCCAGAAAUUUGGACAAUGGGCAGACAGCCGAGCCAACACAGUUUAUGGUUUGGGCUUUGCUUCGGAGCAACAUCUCUCCCAGUUUGCAGAGAAGUUCCAGGAAGUGAAAGAAGCAGCCCGUUUGGCAAGGGAGAAGUCCCAGGAUAAAACAGAGCUGACCAAUCCUGCUCUGAAUAUCACAUCUCAUCAGGUACUUCCCAGCCCCAUCAUCAGCUCCAAUGGACCAGGGGAAGACAAGCUAUUCCGAAGCCAAAGUGCUGAUGUUGAGAUAACAACAGAGAAGGAGCGGCUGAAGAAGAUGCUUUCAGAAGGUUCAGUGAGCGAGGUCCAGUGGGAAGCUGAGUUCUUCAGCCUCCAGGACAACAACAACAAACUCGUGGCUGCUCUCCAUGAAGCCAACGCCAAUGUGGACCAGUGGAAGAAGCAGCUGGCUGCAUAUCAGGAGGAGACGGAAACACUGCGGCAGCGGGUAGCAGAACUGGAGUCGCAGGGGGCUCACGAUUCCUCCAGUGAGAACAAUAAAGAAGAUCUGAGCCAGACCCUGGAGGAACUGGAACUGCUGAUCAAGACAAAAGAUGAGGAAAUUCAGAUGCUGAAAAGCCAGAAGUGCAGCCGAUGGGAAGCAGAGGGCGAGCGUGAGGAAACACUGCAGAAGCUGCAGGAGCUGGAGGCACGCAACGCAGAGCUGGAGCGGCGCCUUCACCUGGCUGAACAGACGCUGGCCGAGACCCUGGCCGAGAGGGAGAAGAUGCAGAAUGAGGUCACCAAGGUGGCCGAGAUCAUGGAUGUGAAAAUUUUUGAGCUCAGCGAGAUCCGUCAGGGACUAGCCAAGCUGGUAGAGAGCAACUGAGCAGCAGUGCUCACGGAGGAGACACCUCCAGCAGGAGGGGAGCCCAAGCUGGGACUGGUCACUGACAGCAAUUAUAAUCACAGAACGGCCGCAAGGCCUGUUCGGGCAGGAUACACCAACAUACCAGCAGCUGCCUGGACAGUGUGGAGACCAGCCGCAGCCACUUACUGCCCACUGAACACCGAGAUGGAGGGCAAAGAGGACCUGAGCUCCUGAAUCCUCCACAAGGAGCACCUGUAAAUCACAGCCAGGCUUCUCUGGACCCUGCCAUAGCUGUGGCAUGGCCCAGAGACAGCAGGCUGUCCCCGUGCUGCUCAGCAGCUUGUCUUUCCCAGCCUCCCUGUUGCCACACUGUGUCUCCAACGUUUUUACAGUUCUUUUCUAGGGAAGGGGCUGAGCAGCCUUCGUGUUUUUUCAGUAGUUUUUUAGGGAACCACUUGCCUUUUGCAAAAUAAGCUGCCUCUGUUUCCCUACCUCAGGAGGGAGGAGAGGUGCCAGCACACCAAGGACAACAGUUGCUCCUUUUCUUCUUCCCCAGCCCUAACUACGUUGUGUCUUUCUAACAGGAUCCAGAAAUGCUGGUCACUGUCAGGAGCUUCCAGAUGUAGCAGAAGUCCCCACUGCAGGCAAGGGUGCUUGCCUGCCCACGUGCCCUUUCCCACAUUCAGUCACAUCCUCCAGAAGAAAAGGAACUGCAGGUUUUAAAGCUCCUUUGAGUUUAACACAGUGGGUUUUUAUGACUUCUUAAAACUGCUUUAAGCUGAGAGCACAGGCCUGGUUGGGAUAGGGGCAUUUGAAAAAUGGGACACCCCCAAGGGGAUGGCCAACCAACUGCUAGAUUGGUAUCUCUCCCAGCCUCCAAGGACUGCAGUUAAUUGGAAUUAAAUGGAGCAAAUCGCA